CUAGUAUUCCAAUACUUUACUGUCGUUUCAGUCGUAUCCAAGUUUUUCACUUUCUAUAUUUUCUCAGUACUAAAAGUCUUAAAAUAUCGAUUAUAAUAUGGCGACAAAUCCGAGCCCUGUUCCAGUUUCUGCAUCCGAUAUGGAAAUAAGUGAAAAUAAAUUCAGCUUCAUAUGCGAGGGAAUAACUAAGCUGAUCCUGUGGCGCAACUGGAAAAAGUCGUUGCUUGUGUUCGUAAUCCUACAGGCCAUAACUUAUGAUCUUUUUUCUGAGUCUGCUCUAUUCGUGGUGAGCGUAUGGGCUUUGACUAUCAUGGCCAUAUCGAUGGGGUACCGUUUUUUCGUUUGGUGCCUUCGUCUGAUUAAAAGAACUGACAUGCAGAAAUAUCUUGACACAGACUUAAUGUUCUCCGUGGAGCUAUCUAACGAACAAUUUGUCCUGUUUUUAACCAAAACUGUUGGGUUCAUAAAUAAUCUACGGGAAGUAUUAAUACUAAAGCGCUUUUGGAAAUCAUUCAUUUUGUUCGGUAUACUCCUCUUAAUUGUCAUGUUUGGAAAGAGAAUUAACUAUCUUUUUAUUUGCCAAUUGGGGCUGUUUCUGCUAUUUACAAUACCCAAAUUGUGUGAGAUGAAAUUUUCCAAAUUUCUAAAACUUUCGAAAUGUAAAAAGCAACUUCAAAUUAGCAAAGUAAACACUUCCGAAACCAAGGAUGCAUUAGACACGAAAUCCUUAAAUGAGUGCGACGAGGAAACUAAAAACCAAAUUGAAAAGCAGCCGGAGGAAAUGGAGCUCCCACUCGAUUCUGAAGCCACCAAGGAAACUAAAAACCAAAUCGAAAAGCAGCUUGAGGAAAUGGAGCUCCCACUCGAUUCUGAAACCACUAAGGAAUCCCAGGAUGCGGUUGAUGAUCUUAAAACCUUUCAAGUAAAGGAAGAAAUAUGCAGUGAUGAUUUCGAGCGACUUGCCGAUUCCUGGUCGGACGAAGAGACAUUGACUGAUCAAACAAAUUAAUACAAGGCGAACUCCUUCAUACAUUUUAUUUUUAUAUAUUAUAUUUUCAAGCGUUUGGAUAAAUUAAAUUUUUAGGAGCUGGGGCACUGAGCCGAGCUAGAGCAAAAUAAAUUCCCUGAGAAAUGUU